UAUUAUUUUAUAAUUUUAUGUAUGUUAAAUAUGAGUAAAUUGUUAUAAUGAGUAAAUUGUUGUAAUGAGUCGCUUGUUGGAGAUUCCUGGGAUUAGGGAAAAUUAUGUGUUGGUUUCGGGGAUAAUUAGAAAAUCUGACGAGGAAGUUGAGGCGCAGUUGAGAUUCCAAAAGAAUUUAGAAAAUCCUUUAUUCCACCAAAUUUUAAGAUUCGACAGACCUCUACAGUUCCACAGCUUCAUUGUUCCCCGUAACGGUGCUUGCACAAAACUUAACAAACUUCAUUCUCAUGCAAAUUCUGGUGAGUCUCACCGUAAUUCACACGAUUCUAACCGUAACUCAGGGGAAUAUAACGCUGGAACCUCUGAUUCUGUUGUGGAAUUCCGUUCUGAGACGUUGUUGGAGGAGGAUUUGAGGGUAUUUGUAAGGGUAACGGAGAGUUGUGAGUUUAAACAGUUGAAACUGUUUCAACUUCAAAACUAUCUCACAUUUCUAAGUGACAGUUCCAGGGGUAAGCCUGACUCUAGAACUGGUAGGUCCAAGUCCUCCAGACUUUUCAGCGCUGUGAAAACUCAAAUUACUUUAGUUGACACAAUUUUAAUCACAGGGUCUUACAAAUGUUUGUCGUACUUAGUGCUGGGAACUGCGUCAGACAAACACUCGCUAAAGUUGACCAAAUCCGUCUACUACGGACAGCACAUUUUAGACCUAAAUAAACAUCAAAUCUCCACAGAAUCACUCACAGACACACUCACACAGUCUCACACACAGUCUCACACAGGGGGAGUCACGGAAUCUCACACAGACAUACUUACACAAUCUCACACACAAUCUAACACAGGGGGGAUUAGUGAUAGUGUCAGAAAGUUGUUGAAGGAGAAUAGGCAUGUGAAUUACAAGAGUAUGAACGAUUUGACAAAUUACCUAAGCAUUAACGAGGAAUAUGAAAAGAUACAAAACUUAAAAAAAUCCCUCAACACUCUCGCCGAAUCUAAGAUUAACUUCCCUGAAACUAAGAUUAACUUAGCCGAAACUAAGAUUAACUUUGCCGAAAAUAAGCUCAAUUUCCCUGAGAAAGGUGGAAAUUUCGCGGAAACUAAGCUAAACUCGGGGGAAACUAAGGUUAAUUUCCCUGAGAAGGGUGGAAGUUUAGUGGAAAAAUGUGAAAAGUUGGAGGAGAUAAUAAAUUUAUUGUCGGAUUUCAUUACGAAUGAUUUGUUAUUCAAGGAGUUUAUGGACUACAAUACGCUGGAAAAUGUUCUCAAACUUAGUUUCACACAGUUAACAUUCGAUUCAUCAGAUUUACUGUACAAAUUAUUAACUUUGCUACUGCAAGACUCGCGUCUCGCGAGAUACUUUCUAACGGAUAAACAGUUUGAAAAACAGUUUGAAAAGUGUUUUAACUUGUUAUUCUCAAGUCACACAAGCCGUGACAAGAAAAAUUGUAUCCUCAACUUGCUAUCAAUUCUCCUCUCACACCCUCAAACAAUCACAAAGUUCCUCGAAUCCCACUACAACACUUUUGUACACCACUUGUUCUACGGCAAUAGUUUAACUCUCUACGGCAAUAGUUUACCUCUCUAUGGUAAUAGUUUAACUCUCUAUGGUAAUAGUUUACCUGCACGCGAUAGUGAGGUCCUGAGGAUAGGUAAUUAUGUCCAGUUAUACCUUUUGUUAUCGCAGGUUGAGUCAUUUUACACCAGGAUUUGCAGGGUAAAAUUUGAAUUAACGGCUGAGUUUACGCAUAAUUUCGACAAACUGACGAGUUUAGUUUUGCAGUCUGUAGACCUCAUACAGUCACUGACUCCCAGCGUUGGCACAAAGUUCAUCGUAUCUCUGGUGAGGGAAUUACAGUUUCUGGCAAGUGUUGGAUUAUUGUACAGGAUGGCACUUUUUCAACUCUCAGAGCUGCCACUGCUGACAUUUGAUCUACACAAAAUCGUCUCCAAGACUUUUCAAUUUUUCAAACAGUUUCUCAACCACUUUUAUCUACACCAGUUGCUCAUCCUUCUACACCACAUUAAUACUUUAGUUCUGAAGAUCAUACCUGACAGUGUCUCCAGUGGCGGUGUGUAUACCUAUGGUGCGUAUAGUGAUAAUGUGUCCAGUGAGAAUGUGCCCAGUGUUAGUGUGUGUGGUGGAAGUGUGUAUGGAUAUUUCCUGGGUUUGUGUGAUGAGAUAGUGGACAUGUUAUUGUAUGAGAGGGUGUUGAUAUUGAUAUCAUUGACGAUAAGUCAGGGUUCGUUUGACGCUACGGUGGACGAUUUGCACAAUUUAUCGCGCGAAUUUCCUAGUUUUUUCAGGGUUUUCAACCGGUUUUUGGAGAACACACUGGUGUCCAACUUUAUCCUCAAGGCGUUAAAAUCGUACGUGAUCCUGAUCAGAGAAGACUCUCCCCAAUUGCUAACGAAUAAAAUUAACAAAAACGUGUCAAUUUUGUUAUAUUUGCUGUGUAACGCCUUGGCCAGGGAUGAGACCCACAAAGUGUUACCCAACUUAGGCAAACAACUGUACAACUUUUUAGACCUUUUAAACAAAUCCAAUCAUAAGAAUUUGAGACACAAUUGUCAUUUAGUCGAAAAUACCUUCAACACUCUCAAGACUUUGUAUUCCCUCCCCUCGAUCGCAGAUUUAAACUCUACACACACUGACAUUACACAAUUCCUAACAGAGUUACUACAACACACCAAUCUACACACAUUUUACACAGUUGACGAUAAAAUGGAUGAUAAAAUGGAGGAUACGGUUGAAAGUAUACAGUUGAGUGCUGUGUAUUUGAGGGAUAGAAGUUUUACGGUGCGGAACUUGUUGAGUAAUGUGAGGGUGGUGCCAGCUUGGUCCAGGGCUAAGGAGUUGGGAAUACCGUGGGAGCAUUACAAAUACUAUAGAGACAUGAAUUUUUCAGUGGUACCGCCUGAAAAGUUACCAGACCACGUUCUGUACGGGUUGAAUUUACUAGUUUCCAUGGGAAGAUAUGAGAAUUCUGAGAAAUUUAAGCGAUUCCUUGAGAGUAAUUACACUCCGCUGAUAAACCUGUGGAACCACUGUUUAGCAGCUAUUUUGGCCGAUUUUAACACUCUCGUAAGGGCGGAAAUGGGCUCAUUUAGUGCCCUGACCGGCUACUCGUGGCUCAACAACUUUAACCCUUACACCAAAAUUAUCAUUACCAUCAUCAACUUCUUCUCCAUAGCAAUGAAGUUGUUCUCCAAUGACAUUAUUAACGGUGUUAACACUACUGACACAAUUGAUGUAGUAGAGUUAGAUUUGUGUUAUACAAAUGAUGUGUUGUUGGAGAGUGUGAUAAUGACGUCUGUGGUGGUGUUUAAACUGUUGGAGGGUAACUUUGAACUUGGUACCGAGUGUCUAGUAACCCUUUCUAACUUGAUAAAUUAUUGGUAUAAAAGGUUUAAAUACUCGAGGAACCAUUUGUUAAACGAGUUAAUGAAAUACGCCAGUGCGCUGCCUGAGUUCUACCAAGGCGUUUCGCUACUCAUUGUCGCAAUCACGCCCUCUGUUCCCACCGUAACACUUAGUCCUCCAACCAACACAUUUGACUCUGUAAUAUUCAGUUUCCAAAACAUUACUUAUCAAGCCAAUGACAACAAUGUUAACAGUGUUGACAGUGUUAACAGUGUUGACAGUGUUAACAAUGUGGAUACAGUGGGUUCAUUGGGUUCAUUGGGUAAUAUUGUGGGAUUACGGUUGGAUUUGGGAGUUUUGAUGGAGUUUGUGUGUGUAAUAUUGGCGAAGGCGCAGUCCCAUGAUCCUACGGACAUGCUAAUGUCUUCUUAUCUACUGACACACGUCGCUACUGACGUGAUAUUACAACUCCUGGACACUACUUUCAAUAAUUGUACCCCAAGUACUAAGAUGAGACUGGUGUUAUUUCUGAGAAAUUCUGUUACAUCCUGCUUACCUACGCCUGUGAAGCUGUUUGAGCUAAAUUUCACAUGUUUAAAGUGUCUGAAUCAGGUGUUUGAGAUUUGUGAUUCAACAAAUUAUAAGCUAAUUCUACUGGAAACUCUUUUAGAAGUUGUUUCAUCCUUUAACAACAUCUGGAAGGAACAUUACCGCACCCUCACAGACUCACAAUUACUCACACAAUACCUUCAAUCACUCAAUCUAUCACUCAAACACACUAUUAACACUGUUAACAGUGUUCAGAAUUUUGACACUAUUAACAAUGUGAACAGAGUUGACACUGUCAAAAGUGGUGACAAAAUUGACACAGAUGACAGUCUGAGCAUUGUGUUGACGGGAUUAUUGGUUGUGGAGAGGUUGUUUAGGAACAGAUUUCUGUGUUUGAAUGUGUUAUAUUCGGUGGUUGGAUUAGACUACAGCAAGAGUACGGAUGAGGAGGUUGAAAUACAACUAAACUCAAUUAACAUCAGUAACACCAUUUCACACCUCGCAAAGUGUUGUCUAGACUGUGAUAAAUUAUCAUUUGACCCUGUGGACAAUUUGGUAAUGUGUUUGUAUGUGCUGAUGAGUUUGGUGUUGGAUAUCCGAAUGACUGGAAGUAGCCAGGACAUUUUCAUCUUCCACAUUCUCCAAAAUUUACCAUUCCAACAACUCCAACAUCAUAAAUCAAACAACCCCUUUGACACACUUUUCCAAUCCAUACAAUCUCUCAUCAAUUAUUUAACUAAAUUAACCAAAUCCACACAGUCUACUAAAUCCACAGAGUCUACUGAGUCAACUAAGUCAACUAAAUCAACUAAAUCAACGGAGUCAACGAAAUCAAGUAGAUUACGUUGUUUGGGAGUGUUGGUAAUGGUGAGAUUGGAGUUGGAGAAGUUGCGGCAGGAUUUACUGCGGGAUACCAAGUUUACAGUGUUAAAGAGGAUAAAAAAGAGCACUUUAUUCACACAUAAAAUUACACAGCCCUUGCUUCACCUGGAAUCACCAGUCACAGAACCCACCCUCAAACAUUUGUUAAACACUUGCAAAUUCUAUCAGAAUUGGAACUUUUGGACAGAGCUAACCAAAGAUGAAACUAACACCGUCACUACUGAUAAAAUUAUAACUACUGAUAGAAUUAUAACCAGUGAUACAAUUGUCAUGGAUGAACAGUAUGAACAGUAUGAACAGUAUGAGAAGGAUGACAUGGAUGUGGAGGAGGAGGAAGUGGACAAAAAGUUGUCAACUGAGGAUUGGAGCGAGUUUGAUGUGGAAUUGACGUCAAAUGGGUUAGAUUUAAUGUCAAUAGUGAAUAAUCCCACGCUCCUAAUGGAGAAAACCACGAGACAAAAAUUCGUAACCUCAGCCCUCAAAAACAAACUCAUCUUCAAUCACAUCAUCAAACUACACAUCGACAUCUUCAAUUAAUAUCCUAACACUUU